GUCGGUGUGAAAGCCCUGCCGUCGCCUUGUCGAGUCAUCAUCGCCAGAGACGCGCAGAGAGGAGACGGAGCCACUGUCUGAUGGCUUGAAAACGGGGAAUAACUGUGGAUCACAGCGGAUUAAUUGCACCACGCAAGCCAACAGGAACGAAACGGCGGUCACGGGAGCGGGCUGGAUGUUGAUACGGAUGAGGAUAUCGCAUCUUUGAGUGAGACUGUUGCCUUUUUGGUUGCGGUUGCAGACCCGGACACAGACAACACAGAGACAGACAGAAAGAAGUACCAGAGCCGCCGCGACACCAGCGAGCGAACUUGGCUUCUCUGCCCUGUGGGAGGUGGCAGUCUGUCGGCUGUGACUCGCUACACGUACCGCUCACCGCGUCGCUGCUCGGACCUUUUUUUUUUUUUUUAGAGGGAUACGGUUGUAGCUAAGUUAUGCUUUUGUAAAUAGCUUCUUUUUCGGGGUUUUCGGCAACCAACUGUGGCUUUAAUGUGACGCACUAUACUGACAAAUUUGAUCUGUGUGUCGGAGCGGACCCCCACUGCAGAGGAGUUAAAGGCGUUUAAAUCAAGUUUUUACCUUCAUUUUUUUCUACGGUACAAACACAGCCCACACCGAUGUAAUAGUGACAAGGGCCGAAGCAGACCAAGCUGGGCCAGGCGCGGCCAGGCUAGGCCUACCUAGCCUUCUGUCUGGCCUUACCAGACGGGCCAGCAACGUAUACAGGGAGUCCUAUCUUCAGCGAGCAGUGGGGGCUUCAGCCUGUUCUUCCACAAACUUCACCAGACCUCAAAGUCAAGCUGUAACGGAUUGGAUUCCAAUCAUAUUUUGUCUUAGCAGCCUUUGGGAGGCCAUACUGGUCUGUUAGAUCUCCAGUCCUUCCAUGUCGUGGUCAUCCCUCUCUGGAUGUUGGCAUCAGGAUGGAUUCAGGUGUUAAUUUGACGGUUUUCAGCUCAUUGCAGUGCUUGCACCCCCCCUCCUUUGACUGCCAUUCGUCCCAUCCCUCCCCAAUCUUUAAGCGAAAGCCCCUUCCUCUCUCUUGGGGCUUCCCUGAGCCCUGUACUGAAGGGCCUUGUAGGAACUGUUGGUUGUUUUGUUGAAACAGUUGCAAAGAGGAAGUAGAAUUAAUAAAUCCUUGCUAAAAGAAAGACCGCAAUGAAAGUUGCUGCAUUCAGUUGAUUUGAUCGAUUUAUUUUCAGUAACCCAUCCCCUUUGUUUUUCCUGUAGUUUGAUCAGAGGUUGGAGAGCUUUUCAUUUGAAAAACGAAGCUUGCAAGUCGAUAUUUGUGCCAGCAUACAGUUUACACAUAGAUUGGUCUGAUUACUCAUAUAAAAUAAGUCCUUAUUUAUACGUACAGAAUUUCUCUUUUGUGGUCUGAGCCUAAGGGAGGAAUGUCUGAAAGCAAUAGCAGCAGCAAAGCGGUGAAAUUCAUUGCUCCCCCCCCUCCCUCUGCCUCUCCCUGUCCAUCACCCCAGACCCCCCAAAAAAAUGUGAACGGCGCUGCCAGUUCAGACACGCAUGUAGUGGAGAAGCUCAGCGGACACCCCGAGGUCCAACGUCGGCGCCACACAAUGGAUAGAGACUCUAAAACAGCCGAGCACCGUUUCUUCCGUCGGAGUGUCAUUUGUGACUCCAAUGCCACAGCUUUGGACCUGCCCAGCAAAGCAGCCAUGAUACUCACCUCACCUCCAGACUGUGAAGGGCCUCUCACUUUCUUCCCUCCACAGCCUGGUCCUGGGCCUGGGGUACAAGAUGCUGAAGGCGGGGAGGCCCCAGGAGGUCCCUAUUUGCAAAGCUCAACCCUUCAGCCUUGUCUUGGGCUUGGUGGGGCAGUUGUGGAGGGGCACAUACAAAAUGCUGAGGAAGAUUUAGUUGUGGGCAGUAUCACGGUUGCCGUUCCCACCAGUAGCAGUGUUGAACAUAGUGCAGAUGGGGCAGUAAAAGAGCCCAGCCUGACAGUAUUGGAUGUUACCGACAAAAUAGUAGGCAAAGAGCCUGAUGUCACAUUGCGUCCCAGAGGGUCAGAGGACACUCAACAGGCAGCAAAAGUGAUAGAAUGUGUGGACGAGGGUAGCGUUAGUAGUCCGACCGAGGAGAAAGAGAGGGAGACAGAGGAGGAAAAGGAACUAGCGAAAGCACGGGCAGAGCAGAGGGAGGCCGAGAAACGAGUGCAAGACGAUAUAGAGGAGGUGGAGACAAAAGCUGUGGGGACUUCACCAGAUGGGCGCUUCCUAAAAUUUGACAUCGAGAUCGGAAGAGGGUCCUUUAAGACUGUGUACAAGGGACUGGAUACAGAGACUACUGUGGAAGUGGCAUGGUGUGAGCUCCAGGAUCGCAAGCUGUCCAAGUCGGAGCGUCAGCGCUUCAAAGAAGAGGCCGGGAUGUUGAAGGGUCUCCAGCAUCCUAACAUUGUCCGCUUCUAUGAUUCCUGGGAGGGACCGUGCAAGGGAAAGAAAUGUAUUGUUCUGGUCACUGAGCUCAUGACAUCUGGCACUCUUAAAACCUACCUGAAGCGCUUCAAGGUGAUGAAAAUCAAGGUUCUGCGUUCGUGGUGCAGACAGAUCCUCAAAGGCCUUCACUUCUUGCACACCAGAGCUCCGCCCAUCAUUCACAGAGACCUGAAAUGCGACAACAUCUUUAUCACGGGGCCCACGGGCUCGGUGAAGAUAGGGGACCUGGGUUUAGCCACGCUAAAGAGGGCUUCCUUUGCCAAGAGUGUCAUAGGAACCCCAGAGUUCAUGGCUCCAGAGAUGUAUGAGGAGAAGUAUGAUGAAUCGGUAGACGUCUACGCCUUCGGGAUGUGUAUGCUGGAGAUGGCUACCUCAGAGUACCCCUACUCCGAAUGUCAAAACGCUGCCCAGAUCUACAGGCGGGUUACUAGUGGAGUGAAGCCUGGCAGUUUUGACAAGGUAGCCAUUCCUGAAGUGAAGGAAAUUAUAGAUUGCUGCAUCAGAACAAACAAGGAUGAGAGGUAUGCUAUAAAGAUCCUGUUGAACCAUGCAUUCUUCCAGGAGGAAACGGGGGUCAGGGUUGAACUGGCAGAAGAGGAUGAUGGGGAAAUGAUUGCCAUCAAACUCUGGCUCAGGAUAGAAGACGUCAAGAAGCUCAAAGGCAAAUACAAAGACAAUGAAGCCAUCGAGUUCUCCUUUGACUUGAACAAGGACGUCCCUGAAGAUGUGGCCCAGGAAAUGGUUGAGUCUGGCUAUGUUGCUGAGGGUGACCAUAAGACCAUGGCCAAGGCUAUCAAGGACCGCGUGUCUCUGAUCCAGAGGAAGAGAGAACAGAGGCAGCUGGUACGAGAGGAACAGGAGAAGAGAAAACUGGAGAGUGAACAACAACAACAGCAACAGCAGCAGCAGCAGCAGCAGCAACAACAGCAGCAGCAGCAGCAGCAACAACAACAGCAACAGCAACAGCAACAGCAACAACAACAACAGCAGCAGCAGCAGCAAGAGACACUCAAAGCAGAGGCAGAGGAGACUGAAGUGGAGCAACAGCAGCUUCACUAUCAGCAGACCGGCAUCUCACACACAUCUGAAGGAGGUUUAGACAGCGGCCAGGGUUCUUCAGUUUUCUCCUCAGACUGCCCCCACCUGGGUCAGCUGACCAUGUCCUACAGCUGCCCCCCCUCCACCCAGCAGCCCCCUUCCCAGCCCCAAACCCCCUACCCCUCUGCUACCCCGCAGCAGCACCCAGGCUACGCCCAGCCGCCGCAGCCAAUGCCUGCGUUCCGCCGUCAUCGAAGUCGUAGCAUGUCUGUUUGCGUCCCCCCCUCCUCCCACUCCUUUUCCCAUGCUCUUCCGCCCCUGACCAUUCCUCCAAAGCAGCCCUCCACCCCUCCUCCAGACCUGUCCUCCUCAUCCUCCUACACCACCACCUCCCCCUGCAUGCCUCUCGCAACUAAGAGGGACACAUUUGCUGGGCGCCUCUCUAAGGCCCUGGAGACAGUCCUACCCCUUCACUCUGCCUCCUCUUUGCCCAGGGCCAGGCAGCGGAGGGCCAGCCUACCUGCCCUGUUCUCCACCCCUCAGCAUUCAAUGCCACAUCACUACAGUGGAGGAGGAGGAGGAGGAGGAGGAGGAGGAGCAGGAGGGAGCAUCCCCCUCUCAACUUUCCCAGACCCCACUACUAUUUUCUUCCCCUCCAUCCCUGAGCGCCCCAUUUCCUUCUCGCCUCCUCCCACUGGGCCUCCUAAGGCCUACAACACCCAGAGACGCAAGAGCACGUCCAUUCUCGAGGCACAUACCCGACACUUCCAGCCUGCCUACACUCGCUAUGGGAGCAGCCUGCAUCCCUUUUCAGGGAUGGAGGGAGUUGAGACCCCCUCUCUCUUCAUGGUAAAUCCCGGUUUUGCAGCAGCUGCUCAAAGACUUGGUGUUGGGGAGCCGCUGCAUCUCCCAGGACAAUCUGACCCAAGUUUGUAUGGCUAUAAAGACAUGAGAGCAGAGCAUGAGGAAGCAGUGAGGAGAUUAAGUCUAAAUCAAGCUGCCUUAUUGGACCAUUAUGAAGCAAUGGCAUAUGGAGGAUACCCAAUGACUGCACACCAGCUUGGCCACUUGGGUUUCCAUCAGCAGAGGCAAGCUGCAGCUGCUAGUUUGGGUUUUGAUCCUGUUCCGCCACCUCAACCAGGGUUCUUACACCCACACAUCAUGCAAAGAAUGAGUGCACACAGCCCAAUCCCUUCACCCCUACCUCCCAUGAGUGUGUCCACUGGUGGCUCUGUUUCUUCUUCAUCAUCUGAUGGAUGCUAUGCUCCGACACAGCAUGCUUCCCCUUCUGCUUUCCCUAUUUCUGCACCUCCGGUAAUGACUGAUGUUCCACCACCAACUGGAAGUGUGUUUGAGUUCCAUUUAGCUGCAGCCGCUGCUGCAGCUGCUGCUGGAGACCCAAGCCUCCUGGCAUCCAGACUUUACUGGGCCCGAAGGAGCUCCAUGGACCUCCCUCUAGAGGACAACACUGGAACAGGAUCAGGUGGUUCAGGCACGUACAGCCGUCUCCAGCCGGUGACAGAAGAGCUGUACACAUAUGUCAGUCCCGAGCUCCCCUUACCUCCAGGAAGUCUUCUUCUUCACCAUACAGGUUUAACCACAAAAGAUAGAAGCCCAGAACCUUCUAGUGACUCUUUGGCCUCCUCUGACGCCGGGGAGUUCCAGUCACCUCCUCCCCCACCUCUCCUCCCUUCAUUCGACUCCUCAGCUGCUCAGUCCAUCCCUCACUCAUCCUCCGCUGCGCUCUACGAUUCAUCCGGCGGGGUGUUUCCCAUAGAUCCCCAGGGACAUCCACCCUCCAUGCAGAGCUUUCUCCCUCCUACUCCAUCCUCUGAGCUCCAGCUUGGGGGAGCAUCAUCAUCUCAGCUGGAGUCUCUGAUCCAGAGUGCCUGGGCCCGGCAUGGUGGGGUGGUACCGGCCCAACCCGAUAUGACAUAUCAUGAGUCAUUGCUGGCCAUGCAGGCCGCUAACACCACUCUGCAGCAGGUUCAGGCACCCACCCCCCAGCCCUCUCCAGGACCCCCUCUGGUCCCUGCCACCACCCAGCCAGCUCCUCCUGGGACCUCCCAACAGGUUUCUUCCAGUCAGUGUAGUACAUCAGUUCAGAGCCCCACACACACAUCUCUGCCGCAGGCGUCUGCACAGCCCAGUGUAACUCCAUCUACCGUUUCCUUGAUGACCCUGCCCUCUCCGUCGCCAUCCCUCCCUGUUACCAUGCCGACAGCGGUCGUGGCUUCCCCUCCCUCUUCUCUGCCAAUCCCUGUUGGGGUGGUGCCUACUAUUGUUUCCCCUCCACCUCCUGUGCCCACACCUGUGCCCCAGCCAUUGGCCACCGUGGUGCCAAUCAUCAGUGUAGUCACAGCCCCGUCUGAUACUCCCAUGGAAGCCCCUCCCAAGUCUGCUUCUCAAUCGUCGGAGCUGUCCCAGUCCCAAUUACAGCCACCUCAAGUUCUCUCAUCUAUAGAGAGUGGCCACUCUGAGACUUCAGGUUUGAGCGACGGCAAUGAGGGAGGAGGAGGAGGUCGCCAUGAAGGACGCUCCACCAGGCGACAUCAGAGACGUUCUGUACGAAGUCGAUCACGCCAUGAGAAGCUCUCCAAGGCGAAACUCAAUGUUCUCAAUAUCUCCAACCGAGGAGACAGGGUCGCAGAGUGUCAGCUGGAGACCCACAACAGGAAGAUGGUGACUUUCAGGUUUGACCUGGAUGGAGACAACCCCGAGGAGAUCGCCCAGAUCAUGGUCCAAAGUGAGUUUAUCCUGGAGAGUGAGAGGGAGUCGUUCAUUGAGCAGGUCAGAGAGGUGAUAGAGAACGCUGAUGAGAAGGGUCUGGAGAGAGACACAAACAGCCAGAUGGCAGGUGAUAUGGAGCAGCAGAUUCCUGCUAUAUCUGUCCCCAUGCCAGACAUCCCUCCCAGUGCAACAGCACAAGUGGUCCAUUCAGCAGGUCGGCGGUUCAUCGUCAGCCCCGUACCUGAAGCCAGGCUGAAGGAACAAAUGUUUCCCACCUCUCCUUCUCCUGCCCCUGCACCUAUUGUUGAAACAGUUCCUCCAGCUUCAGCUCCAGCUCCAACUCAGACUCCAGGCCAAGGUUUGGCGUUGUCCCACUCUGCUGGAGCAAUCAGCUUACAACAAGCCUUCUCUGAGCUCAGACAGAACCAGAAUCAGUUUGAUGCUGGACCCAGCACGGCCCCAGCUUCUAUCCACUCCACCCAUCCUCCUUUGCAGCCUGCCGCAGCUUCUCUCCCAUCACAAGCUAGCACAGUCACUCCUACUGUGGAUGCUACUGCUGGACUUGUCCCUUCUAAUUUAAACCUGGCACAGGAGCAGGUCUUGGAGCCCUCUCUUUCUCCACCUUCCUCCUCCUCCACCCCUUCCUCUAUCCCUGCUGUCUGUCUCAGCCCUCCUUGUUCCUCCUCCCCUCCUCCUACUGUGGUGAAUCAGUCCAUCCUUCAGUCACAGGUACUUUCACAGCCGGGGAUACAGGCUGUGUCACAACCCCAGGGACCGGUGCAGGUCCAGGGGCAAGCACAAAUUCAGCCCCAGGCUUUCACCCAGCCUCAGUCUCAAACUGUUUCUGCUGUCAUUGCCACUUCAAUACCUUCCACUUUACCAACAGCCAGCAUCUCCAGCAUCCCCCCAACAAUGCUUACCUCCCCUCCUCCCGCCCACACUGUUCCCCUUGUAUCCUCCCCUCCCUCCUCCACUCUUACAGCCAGUGAAGUCUCCUCAGAUCAUCCGUCAGUCUCUUCCACCUCCUCCUCUACUCCUUCCCUCUCCUCCUCUGUCAUCCUCACAACUGCCAUCCCAGGCCCCCAGCUCGCUCCCUCUGCCGUCUCCCACCUCACUCCCCCUCCCUCCGCCUCCUCCUCUGCUGUGGGGCUCCAGCCAGUGACCACCAAUGUUCCCUCAGUCCAACCAACCUUGGUCCACUCCCAGCCGCAGACAGCAGCCCUGCCUGGGCAGACACACACACACUGUGGGGAAUGUGAUGCGAGGUGUGAGGCAUCCACUGAGUCCCAAGGCAAACCGGACGACAUCCAAGCUCUGGAGAAGAAGCUGCGGUCUCUCUUCAUGGACCUCGGUGGAGGGGUGGCAUCCUCCCCGGGAGACAUGAUAGCAGCUGACCCUGCCUCUGGAGCCCCCGUGGCGGGUACCUCGUCCCCAAAGGGCCCCUGCUCUACCUCCAGCACAUCUGUCACCACACCUGGCUGCAGCCAGCCAGCCAAUCCUCCUCAGCCCCCCUCCAGCCUAGCGCUGGGGUCACCUGCUCCAAUUCAGGGCCCUGGAACACCUAUCUCGACCCCUGCACAGAUUGUUUCUGCAGUGAUCCCUGCUUCAUCCUUUGGCCAUACCACUCCAUCCAAAGCCACCUUAUCCAGGGUACCGGCCAGUUCUCCUCCUUCAGAACUCCUGCCAUCUUUCCCUGGACCUUGUCUAAUACAGUCCCAGCAGCCUCUGGAGGACCUGGAUGCUCAGUUGAGGAGAGCACUGAGCCCAGAGACUGUUCCUGUCAGCACACACACACAGGCCUCUCACAGUGGCAUACCUUCAGUGGGACAGAUUCCCUUCUCUCUGGAGGAAGACACUGUGUCCUCUCCUGGUCCUGGAAUUAAACUGGGAAGAUUUCAGGUGUCAUUGGCUGCUGAAGAGCUUCCUGUCAAACGCCCGGCCUGCACCGAAUCUUCCUCCACCACCUCCUCCUCCUCAUCUUCUUCCUCCUCGUCCUCAUCCAGUCUCUCCAGCCCGGAGAAUACACUGCACAAGGACUCCUCGUCUCCUCUGAGAGGGGGAGGAGGACAACGAGGAGAUGUUGUGGAUGGACUCCCCCAAAGGUUUCUGGGAGGGUCCCACCACCCCUCCCCCCUCACUUCACCCUGCCCCUCCCCUAAGCCCACCACUACUAUUGGACGCUUCCAGGUUACCACCAACCCCGAGGCCCGUGUUGGUAGAUUCUCAGUCAGUCGUGCCCAGGAGCAGAGCCUUGAGUCCAGGCAGAAGCCUCCCCCCGCUGCCCGGGCUGCUAACGGACCCAGUGAUCCUGGUCCGAUUUUGAGUCCAGACUCCACUCAUAAAGCCUCGCUGCCGAGUCUAAACAACAACUCAUUCAAUAACUCCUACAUCAGCAGUGACAACGACUCUGAAUUUGAGGAUGAAGACUUCAAACGGGAAGUCAGCCGCCUCAGAGAAAAGCACAUGCGUGAGAUUCAGGCCCUCCACUCCCGCCAGAAGGAGGAAAUAGACAGUCUCUUUACCAAGCUGGGAAAGGUUCCUCCAGCUACAGUGCUCCCUCCAGUUAUAGCCUUGACUGGCAGGAGGAGACGACCUACCAAAAGCAAAUCCUCUAAAUCAUCCAGAACCAGCUCCACGCACGGCAGCAAGAGUCCGUUACAGCCAGGCAGCACUUUAUCCGCCCAGAGCGUCCCCACCAUGUACCCCGGCCAGCUGGCUCUGUUAGCCCCAGGAGGAUUAACCGAUUCGGGCAGCAGUACUUUGCUCCAGCCACUCAAACCCUCUCCCUCCAGCAACAACCUGUGUUCGGCCUACACCAGCGAGGCGGCACUCUCUGUGCCCAGCCUGUGUGCUCCCACCCCAGGCUGUGUAAAGUUCAGCUGGGGUUCGGAGCGUUUGGCCUUCAAGCCUGGCGGCAGGAGGACGCGCUUUCUGAGUACGCCCUGCUUGGCUCUUUGGAAGAUGGUGAAAAAAGUCUGCCCCUGCAACCAGCUCUGUAGGACUAAUAGCACCAAUGCAGUGAGCGGUUCAGGUGGCUUGGGUCAUAGCCAGGGGGGUUCUCAGUGUCUGCCCCCCAACAUGUCAGCCCCCCACCAGAGGAAAGGAACCUUCACCGAUGACCUCCAUAAACUGGUGGACAACUGGGCCAGAGAUGCCAUGAACCUCUCACAGGGGAAGAGGAGUGCCAAACAGCUGCAGCAGGCCCCACUACAGGGACACAGCUACGAGGUUAUCCAGUCAGCCAGUCUGAGCAGGAAGUACUCUGCUCCCAGCCAGCUGUGUACCAGCAGCAUUGGAGGUUCAGCCCACCUCCCUACAAACCCCACCACCGCUACCUCUAUGGCCGUCCGCAAGGGCUCCCUGUGCCACCCCCCUGCCUCCUCCACUCCAUCUCAACCCCAACCUCCCCAGUUCAUCCACUACACGCCCACCGCCGCCUACAGCGCACAAUGGUCCGGUCCGGCUCACAGCCUGUCGACCCAACACCAGGCCCCAGCACAGCCUGGGCCUCUGCUGGUCAGCACCUCCCUGCCCCUGGGCCCCUACCCCACCACAGUUGGUGGACAGGGCCAGAUUCCCGGACAGGGGCCGCUCCAGGCUUUCCAUCUGACCAACACUCUGCAGAAGUCGGUCAGCAACCCAGGGGGACCCAACCUGAGGACCACGUAGGGCUGGGGGUGAGGGCUGGUUUGAAUCACGGCCCGACUGGACUGAACUGGACUGGUGUGGAACAGAGUGUUAUGGGCUUGAUUGGCCGGAGAGGAUGGAAGAACUGGAGGAGUAUGGAGAGCAAUGAGUUUGAAAUGACAGAAGCUGACCUGUUGAAGAGAAGAAAAGAAAAAAGGAAACGGAGAGGAGAAAUCAGGAAUGCGAUGUGGCCAUCUCCUCAGUUUGUCACACAAUCUCCACCUCUGCUGUGUUAGACUGUGGGCUUGUGACAGCCAGCCAAAUGCUCAAGCAUAAAGGAAAAGACUCAUGAGUGCAAUGUUAAAAGGCCAAAGAGGUUCUGACAGGGUGUGGGAUUGUAUAUGAGGUAUUGCGUAUAGGCAGUUAUGGCUCUAUUACACUUGUUCCAUUUCAUGCUCUAAAUUGAAUGAAACAUGUCUUUACAAGCCAGGUCACACAAUCACCCUUGUGAGCCAGUGAAGGGGAGAUGUUACAUCAGGUUGGGGGGGGGGGCAGCUAGCUAGGCCAGUUAGUCCUUGUGUCCACACAGCACCUCUUAAUAGCUUCUAAUGCUGUAGCUGCUUAAAUAUGUCAAACUUUUAGCUCCUCAGAUUGAGCAUUAAAAGAAUCCUCAAGCUCUCAAAGAAGAUAGAAACAUGCAACAAUGCGGUUUUUCCAAAUUUGAUACAGAAAUGACAUUGGCACUCUCUAAAGAGGUAACUGGUGGAUACAGAGGAGAGCAUGGCUGGCCAUCGCAUUAAGGUUGUCUUUCUUAGCGUUCAGUGUCAACAUAAAACGAUGCAGAAGAGGCUCUAUCACUCUGAAAUCAAGCAGUGGCAGUUUGCAUCAUCUACAAGGAAGGCUGCACAUAACAGCCAAUAAAAGCUUUGAUAUCAGGUGAGAGCAGAAUGGAGAGAUGUUUAGAACCACAUCUGAGUUUAUCUCAAGUUCAGGAAGUGGUUUUUCUUUAUUAUUCAGAAUUUGGACAUUUUUCUUCAAAGCACAACAAAAUCCAAAACAAAUUGAAUGCACAUUCAGAGUUUGAACGUCUGGAGCUGAGCUGACCUCGAGCCUGGUUUAGAGUAGGUAUAGUCCAGCACUUGGUGGGGUUAUGACUCAUCAGCUUGAGAAAAGUCGCGACAGCUUCUCCUCUGUUACCUUCUGUGUCUUGUUCCUCCCUUGUUCUGACAAAGAAUUCAAACAGAUGGAGAGAGAUGGAGGAGAGAAAGUAGAUGAAGAGGGAGAGCAGCAAGGAGUGUUUGUGUUAAAUAACAGUCAAACACCUCAUCUGCUUCGUGUUCCACUGCUUACUUUAGGAACAUACUGGCUGUGUGCACCAUUGCUAAAGUACUGAAUGGACAUGGCAGAUGUUUCUGCACACCAAACACCUCUUCACGAUCACGACUCCACCUCUUCCUCCAUCCCUCUCUCUGCCUCUCUGUUGCCAUUUGAAGCAAUAACAGCAGAAACCUUUCAGAGGGGAAAAAAGCCCAAACAUGAGAGAACUCAGCGUGAAAAAGUGGCCUUGUUAUCAGAAUAAUAGAGUUCCUGUACAGUUUGUGUCUCUGUUUAUUUUUUAGAAUGUCAGCUAUGAUGAUUCCAUUUUGUUGUUUGAUUUUGUUUUGUUGGGUUUGUUUAGCUUGCUGCCCCCAGCUAGCACUCACUCUCACACACACACACACACACACACACACACAAUGCAUGAGACAUUCAUAUAAAUACAAACACCUACAUACACACACAGUCAUGCACAGACUCAUGUAAAUACACGUAAAUUGUUGGAGGCAUAGCAGCCGUUUAACAGACAGAUUCACAGACUAAUGGCUCAGUUCUUAGUUUCAUCAUUAGGUUGGUUUCAACAUUUGUGUUGAAAUGAUUGCAAUGUACAUUAUUGUCAUAAGUAUUGUUGUUAGUGAUUAUAAUUCUAUUUAAAAAGAAACAAAAACAAGAACGUGUUCUGUCGAUGGACCUGUUAUACGUGCACAUCGGUGUACGAUGUGGAAACACUGUGAUUAUUGCUGUUUAUUAUUAGCAAAUGUUGUUGGAAAACAUUAGUUUUAGGGUGAAAUGUCACAAAUAAAAAAACAAACACAUACAGAGAACGGUUUGGGGUCCUUUCACUUUCAAUUCACUGCUUACAGCAAAUGGAUUCUCAUCAAAAUGUGAAAAUUGAAAAUCCCUCUUUUCAAUAAUCGUCCUCACAUCCAGUUACUGAGGAUAUGAUCCAAAAUAAAUGCCUUACCGCCAACUAAUCAACUGCAGUUUCAGUUUAUCUUUGUGACUGAUUGAAUUGAAAGUCAAAACUGACCUCCAAGCCCGAUUUAUAAAGACAAACUGGGAUGAACGGCAGGAUAGUUGAUAUUUAGAUAAUAAAGUAAUGCUAGCUAUUUUUUUUCCUAAUACAGUACUUAUAUAUCAGACACUUUAAAUAGCCCUCCUCUUCCCUUUCUCCCUGGUUUUGUUAGAUGAAUGUGAAUGUAUAAACCAAUGGUGUCCAUUUUAAUGUACUUGAAAAAAAGUCUGUCUUUUAUUCCCCCCCCCCCCGAGCCUCCGGUGAAUACUGGAGGUACUUACUAGUGCCUUGCAUCCUUCCUGUUGCUUGUUUCGUUGGGGGGUUGAGGACUUGAGUUAAAGUAAGCACACUUGACUUGACAGUAUGUGUGGAGAGCUUUGGGGGUGUCACUUUGAAGUCAGUGGUGAUGAUUGGACCUGGUGUUAGUGGAGCAGGCAUGUAGUAGAUUGGUGGAGAUGCAGUAAUAAUAGCUGUUUAGUUGUUAGCUGCUGCUGUGUGCGCUAUAGCUGGUUUAUGGUUAAUUCUCUUUGAUUUCAACUAAUUGAGAGUGUAUUUUCCCCAAAAAGAAAGAAUGUUUCCCCAUGUUGGAUUUAAAAAAUGAAAACCAUAACUAUUUACCAUAUAACUUGGCUUUUUGAAUUGAUAGAAAGAUAAAUUGACCCUAACUCUGCUGCCAUUUAAGCCAAUGAGAUUGACCACUUAAGAUUGAAAAAGGCCACCGUUUGAAGUCAGUGUUGUUUCUGUGAAGUGAGGCCCAUUGCUGUGCUUUACUUACACAUGAGGCCUGACUGUGUCUAAGGCCCGGUUACACCACCAACAUGAUGAAAGAUGAAGAGAACAUAAAAGUUUAUCAGUGCCAUUUUUUUCAGGGUUUUAAAUGUAGAUAUUGGGGAAUAUUUUUUUCAGUUUUAAGGAGGGAGUUGUUGAAGGUUGAAUUUGAAGCUUGGACCACUCUGUACUUUAGAGGCACUGGCCCAGGUGCAGCAUACAGUCAGCAGAGGACACAUUGGUUCAGUGAACUAAAGUUACUUUCUUCUGUUGUUCUUUUAAUUACCAAAACUAAUGAUGAUGCUGAUGAUGAAGUCUCCUGCCCUGGUUUUGAGCACAACUUUAUUAUUAUUCAGUAUAGUAUAGAAUAGUGAGUGCAGACAUUUGCAACAGAGAAACAGUGCACUCUGUUUUGUUUCUCUGACUAUACUAUAUAAGGCACAUCUACUAUAAACUUUACAUAGAUUUGCAGUGAAAUUACCACAACAUAGUGGAAAGGCCAGCCUCAAACUGAGCAGACUGAUUAAAGAGCCAUGACCACAUGCCCAAAUAGAAUAUUUACCAAACAGUUACUAUGCAUUUACAGACUUAAAAGCCCCUAAAAACCUUUUUCCCACAUUACAUAUUUAUGGCUAAAUAAGCAGCAAUCAAAGUAAAAAAAACAAACAUGUUUGGUUAUUAUUUAUUAAGAGUUUAACAGUCAAAAACUCAGCUAAUCUGCUUUAUCAGGACUGUGUGGGUGUGGUUUGAAUCAGAUUUGAUUGACAGUAACCAAAAAACCCACCAACCAAUUCUGAAUCAAAUGAUGCUGAAUCCUGAUUGGUGCACGGAAGUACCCCGCCCACUUCAAACCAGUGACAAGAACACUGAGAAACAAAGAAAUGCAAAAAUCUCUCAUAUAAAAUAACCAAAACUGUCCAAACUUUGGCAUAACAGUGUUUUCAUGUAGAAACCCAUCACUCACAGUAAGAAGUAGAUUGAGAAAAUAAGUUUUCAGGGCCUUUUAAGUGUCAAGAGCAGCAUAAAAAUAUACUCCAAUAGACUCCAAAUAUGCACAUUAUAGGAGCCAUCUUGCUCCUCUAGUGUAGCCUAUUGUUAUCUAAUUCUUAUCCCACUAGGAAAGAUGUUGGUUAUCUUACCUUUUUAUAAUCAACAAGCAAUUAUGAGGCCAGCAGAACUAUACUGUCUUUUUAACAGAUUUGGUUGGGAAUGCCUCCUCAUCUGAGAAUUGCUGCUAUUGGGCAAAAAAGCAUGUCUGCAAAAAGUAUGAAUAUUGUCUCAUCCACUCCUAUUCCCACUGUAUGUUUCUGAAGCUGCACCAUUGGGGUUCAACAGUGUUUAUUCACAGAAAUGACUAUGUAAACCAAAAAUGUAAAGAAAUAUGUUUUAACAUAAGGGCAUCACAGUGCUAGAGCUGGUGUUGGUGGUGGUGAUAACAGCAGUGGUGGUUAGAAUGACUGUACUGGUAGUGAUGAUGGUGGUUAAAAUGAUGGAAGUGAUAGUGAUAAUGGAGUUAUGGAGGUUUUAGAUUCAAGGCCUUUGACACCCUGUCCUCCUUUCUCUUUUCAUUUGUCGGUGCAAAUGAAACAUAUCUGGUACAAACUUUGACAUUCACUUAAAAACCUAACAUCUUAUGUGUUGUUUGUUUUUUUGUGUGCUGAGAAUGGGUGUUCUGGAUUCACAUAAAAACAUGAAAAGGUUACUUUGUAAAAAAAACAACAACAUUGCUUUUGCCUGUUUGUUUUUUUGGGAUAUUUUCCAUUUCUCAUGAAUAAUAAUGCAACAUUUUUUACUACUAGGCAAGUUUGGUUGAAGCUGUGAAUAAUCAUUGAGCCACUUUGCUUUAGUUCUGGUUAUGAGCAUCCUGUUUAUCAUGAUCUUUUAAAAGAAGUCAAACCUUUAAUGAAGCCACCAACUCAGUGCCAUUUGACUUUUUGUCAGUGGAGUGGAAACAUCAGAGGUAAAGAAUUCAAAAAGAAAAUUGAGUGUAUUUACCUGCUUUUACUCACUGGAGCUGUUAUGGUUGCCAGGUAACAUCCUGAAUAUUCACUUUGCAGUUGCUCGAGCCUCAAAUGAUUUCCACAGUAGAAGUUUGAUAAUAUUUUGCUGUGUCUCUACAUAAUUACUAUGGAAUGCCUACUGCAAUGCAAUAUUAUUUAAAGUUACAGUAUGCCAUCAAGCUCUGAGGUUGCGUUUGACAGUUACACCCCUGCUGGAGGACUCUUGUUUUUUUAAAGCUGUAGAGUCAAACAUCACUAAGUUUUUUAGAGUUGCAGUGGAGAACUCUUACCGUGAAAGGCUUGAGAGUUAUUCAGUGUGCAGGCACUCUUAUUGUGAAGUUUGCUGAAGUUAAAGUGGAAAAGUAGGAUUCUUUUUCUGGUGACACACAUACAGUGUAGCGAUAGCUGUUUUUAACUUGCUCGCAUUAGAUUCGGUUUCUGUUUUCGCAGUUCUUUGCCUGUUCAGGACUCCUGUUCAGCUAACCUUUUAUGCUUUUUACUGUAAAAGUGCCCACAUGUACAAAAUGCCUUUCAGUGCACCAACAGAACACACAAACACAUACAGAUUCAUUCAGUGCAUCUCCUUGCAGUUUCAUGUAGCUUGCUCCUGUGGAAUAAUGUCGAGUCUCGAGCACAGCAACAGUUUCUUCUAUAGACUGUUACAUUUUUCUCAACAUGUUGAUUAUGUUUCUGGUCUCACUGAUGCUCUCAUGUUUUAUUUUUCUCACUUGUUUUAUCAGCUGUUUUAAUGUCUCUAGCGGCACCUAACUUAAUUCAGUGGUUUCAUUUUUCUGUAUCGUGUUUGACAUUGUACAAAGUGGUUGGAUUAAAAUAAACACAUGGAUGAAUGAAUGAAAGAAAAAACAAAAAAUACAUGUCAGGAGUCAUCGGCAGCCUUUAAAGGUAUGUUUUGCACUAAGUAUAGAGUGUUCAAGCUUCAUAUUAAAAAGAAACUGCGCUUUGCGCUACAAUACAAUGAAAUUUGUUACUUUAUUUGUAAAAACUUAAUAAAUAAAAGUUGUUUAAAUUAA